AUGGAGAUAGCACAAUAUUUCCACGACUCCAAGGCAGUAAUAACUGAGAGACGUAUUCUCCCCGCAUCCAAGGAGCUGUCAUCUGAGAAAUUGUGGAUUGGACGCCAAAUUAUCCCACUUAGAGGGCAUAGAGAUAGGGGACGACUUUUUUCUAAUGACAACACGAAUGACGGGGAUGUCCUUAAUAAUGAAGGGAAUUUUUCAGAACUAAUACGGUUUAGAGUCGAGAACGGCGACAAAUUAUUGAAAAAAAACUUAGAGAACUCAAAAGCGCCUGCUACGCGUAUAAGCAGCCGCAUAAAAAAUGAAAUUAUAGAAUAUUGUGGCGAAGAAAUCUUGGAUAUAGUUUUAAGUCGCAUCAGGCAAACUAGUGAUUUGGAAAAUUGA